AUGGUAGUAGCAACCUCUUAUAUUGAUUGGUUCUCAGCAAUGAGUGGGAUCAUUACGCAUCUGCAGGGAAGACACACUUUGGCAAUAAAGUACACAGAAAUUAGUCAAAUCUCUCAAACCUUUACUCUUCCGGCUCCAAUCCCUCAAUGGCCUCCAGGACAAGGUUUUGCUUCCGGACUUGUAAAUCUUGGUGAAAUAGAAGUUUUCAAGGUUACUAGGUUUGAAUUCAUUUGGAGCAACAAUGCUAUACUGGACACGAAAAAAGCUGUUACAUUCUAUAAGCCCGUGGGAAUACCUGAUAGUUUCCAUAUCCUUGGUCACUAUUGUCAACCCAGUGACAAGCCUUUACGGGGUUUUGUACUUGUCACUAGGGAAGUAAAAACUUGCUUGCCCGAAACUACUGAUAUUUACAAGCAUGAUAAGUUACCUCCUCUAAGGAAUCCCCUUGAUUUUAAGUUAGUUUGGAGUCCAAAUGCAGAAAGUCAGGAAAUGUCAAGUGGAUGUAGUUACUUUUGGCUACCCCAGCCUCCUGAAGGUUACAAAGCAUGUGGCUACUUGGUUACUAACAAACCUGACAAGCCUGAGUUAGAUGGAAUGUGCUGUGUUCGUGCUGACCUCACUGAUAAAUGUGAACCUUACCGCCUAAUACUUGCUGCUGAUUCUAGAAUUCCAGAGUUUUCAUUUCAGGUGUGGAGCUUGAGACCUUGUGACCGUGGCAUGCUGGGGAAAGGAGUUUCUGUUGGGACAUUUUUCUUCACUAGUAGCUGGAACAUGGGAAAAGAGGUUCCCAUUGCAUGCUUGAAGAAUCUAAAUGCUGUGCUGCCAGCAAUGCCAAACCUGCAACAAAUACAUGCACUUAUUAAUCAUUAUGGCCCUACUGUUUUCUUUCAUCCUGAGGAAGUUUACUUGCCAUCUUCUGUGCCUUGGUUUUUCAACAAUGGAGCCCUGUUGUACAGAAAGGACAUGUCUAAAGGAGAGGGAAUUGAUGAGACUGGCUCAAACCUACCAGGUGGGGGAACAAAUGAUGGAAAGUUUUGGAUAGACUUGCCAAGUGAUGAUCAAAGGGAUUUUCUCAAACAUGGGGACUUGAAAAGUGCAAGGCUUUAUGUUCAUGUGAAGCCAGCUCUUGGUGGAACUUUUACAGACAUUGCAAUGUGGGUUUUUUGCCCCUUCAAUGGGCCAGCUACUCUGAAAGUUGGAAUUAAGAAUAUACCAUUGAGCAAGAUUGGAGAGCAUGUUGGUGACUGGGAGCAUUUUACACUUCGUAUAUGUAACUUCACUGGAGAGCUCUAUAGUAUAUACUUCUCUCAGCACAGUGGUGGUGAAUGGUUGGAUGCCUAUGACUUGGAUUAUAUUGAUGGCAAUAAAUGUAUUGUUUACUCAUCAAAAAGUGGACAUGCAAGUUACCCUCAUCCUGGGACCUAUAUCCAAGGGUCUUCAAAACUUGGGCUUGGCAUUAGGAAUGAUGCUGCUUGUAGUAAUUUGUAUGUGGAUUCAAGUAUUCACUACGAGCUUGUUGCAGCUGAGUAUCUUGAAAAUGCUGUCACUGAACCUCAAUGGUUGCAGUAUAUGAGAGAGUGGGGCCCCAAAAUUGUUUAUGAUUCAAAAACUGAGCUGGAUAGGAUAAUCAAUGCUCUUCCUCGCAUGCUUCAAUAUUCAAUGAAGAACUUAUUUAACAAGUUUCCAGUGGAGUUGUAUGGUGAGGAAGGUCCUACAGGACCAAAAGAGAAAAAUAAUUGGAGAGGGGAUGAAAGAUGGUGAUUUUAUGCUUUUGUUCAUAUCACACUGGUUGUUGGUGAACCCACCCUGCAAAUUCUAGACUGUAAUGUUGUAAUUUUAUGUAUUCACAACAGAGAGAGUUAUGUAGUAUCUUCUUGGGUGUUUGGAUAGUGAUUUUUUCAUUAUUGAUAAAAUACUAGCAAAUAACUCAUGAUUGGAUUGAGUGAACAUUCUUAUUCCUGUAUUUAUUUAGCAUGAGACUGUACAGCUACCAUGGAGCAUGGAAUCGAGUCAAAGAUUCAUAUUCUUGUAAACACUUGCUGGAAAUGUAAUAAGGCUCUGCGCAGUUUCUUCGGUACAUUCUACAAAAGCAAUGUAACGUCUCCUACUAGGGAAAAUACCCUUUGUGUAUAGUUUUAAUUUGGGUAG